AACAAGAUAUUACGGAUUUUAAGAUCUUGGAAAAGCGUUUAUCAGAUAAUAAUCUCAGAUAUAAUGAACUUACGAAGAAACUAACAAUGGCCAUUGAGAAAUCACAUUGUGAGAGCUUUUUAGUUUUUCACGAUCAUAUUCUGCCAUUUAUUGAAAGUUUCAUUAAUGCCAGUCAAUACUCUGUCUGGCGUUCCAAAAGAAAUCGUUUUGUUUUCGGUUAUUUAGAAGAAACUUUUGAAGAAAAUUUCGUAAAACAUCCAUUUUUUGAAGCACAAAAUUCUAUUUUAUUAGUCUCCAAACAUACUUCUUCAAUUGAGAUUUUUAACUUAAAAACUAAUAAAUUUAAUGGACCAAAAUCACAACAGCAAUAUUCCUUAUUAUUUCUGGACCAAUUUUAUACUACAAAUGCAAGCUUUCUAUACAAUCGCUCUCUAUUUCCCGAUAAAAUCACAAAUUUAAAGGGCCGUGAAGUAAUUGCUGCCGGUUUUGAUUAUAGACCUUAUUUUGUUAUAAAUUAUGUUGAAAAAUGUAAUAAUUCUUACGAUGUGGCUUAUGGAGAUUCUUCAUUGGGGGCGGUACAAAUAGAUGGUACCGAAACUCAUGUAUUACUUGUAUUUUGCGAAAUCUAUAAUUGUACGGUAUGGAUUGAUAGUUCUGAAGCUACAGAUUGGGGCGAAGUUUAUCCGAAUUUGACGGGAGAUUAUAGUUUGGGAAUGGUGGUUAAUGGCAAAGCUGAAAUAGCUGUAGGAGCUAUGUAUUCUUGGGACAAUGUUUACCUUCAGCUGGAUAUGUCUAUGUAUUUAGUGCGAUCUGGUAUAACAUGUCUGGUACCAGCACCGAGGCGUUUAGCUAGUUGGCUGCUGCCAUUGGAACCUUUUCAGUUCAUGCUCUGGUUAGCUGUUCUCAUUUAUUUGUUCAUAGAAAUUAUAAGUCUCAGUUGUGCCCAUAAAUUUGAAGCGAAUUUUAUAGCGGAAGAUAACUCGUGGUAUGCUAGUUUUAAAUUUGGCUGUGCUACGGCUAUAAAACUAUUUCUCUCGCAAUCGAAUAAUUCCUAUGUCCGAUCAUUUACGGUGAGAGUUUUGCUAUUUACUUGUUUUAUGAACGAUAUAAUUUUGACCAGCAUCUAUAGUGGAGGUUUAUCGAGUAUUUUAACAAUACCAAGUUACGAUAAAGCUGCGGAUACAAUUGAUGGCAUGCUUUAUCAUAAUCUUCUGUGGUCGGCGAAUUCUGAAGCAUGGGUAUCAGCUAUACGUUAUACCGAUGAUGACCGCAUGAAUGGUAUUUUACAAAAUUUCUUUAUUUACAACGAUGAUGAACUGGAAGUAUUGGCUAGGACUAGAUCCGAUAUGGGUUUUACCGUAGAACGUUUGCCAUUUGGUAACGGUUUAUUCCAACGUUAAAAUUAAAUUUGAUAAGAAAACAAUUAUUUUCAGGUCAUUACGCCAUUGGCGACUAUUUGUCCUCCCAAACUAUUGAACAUUUGAAGAUCAU